UAUGUCAAACAAUAGAAGUAUUGUAUAGUAAAAUAUAUUAGAUUAUUCACCAUCAAGAGAAAGAGUAGCAAAAAUAAGUUCUUAAUUAAGUUAAAUGGAUUUAACAAUAGAAGGAGAGAGAGUAAUAUAUAAUUAUUAAUAUUUAGACUAAAAGAAUUGAAGAAUCAGAAACAAGAUUAGAUUAAUUGGAAUCAGGUUUGAAUGAAUUAAAUGAAUAAUUAAGUUAAAGAGUAGUUUUGAUUAAAGAUAGUGUAUUGAAAUUAUAGAAAGUGUUGGAUUAAACAAAAUUAUAAAGAGAAUAACAUUUUGAAUAAAAAUAAAAGGAAUAUAUAGAUUUAGAGAAUUCAUUCAAUUAGGCAGUUGAAGGAUUAACAUCAACAAGAAAAGAUGGAGAAUAAAAAAUAAUAAGAUUUAUUGAAGAAAAGACAGGAUUAAUAAGAAGUGAACUAAGUACAGAAAGUAGAACAAGAAAUGAAAAUAUUGAAAGAUUGAAUUAAUGUUUAGAAACUGAUUUACCAAGAUUACAUGAAGCUAUAAAGACAGAAGUAGCAGAAAGAGAAGAAAUGGAUUCAAAUAUAUCUAGAAAGAUGAAUGAAGAAUUAAGCAAAUUAAACUAAUUAUUAGUUUAAGAGAAAGUUAAUAGAUAAGAAUCAGAAUAAGCAAUCUUUGAUAUGUUAAAAGAUGUUGUUAAUAGAAUCAAAACUGAAGUAGAUAAUGAAAAGAAAUAAAGGUUUUUAUUUAUUAUUAUAAUCAUUAUAGAGAAUCUACUGAAGAAACACUUUUAGCUUUAUUAGAAGAUACUUGCAAUAAAGUUAAUGCAGCAUAACUAGCAUGAGUU